AUGGCUGACAAAAUUAGGUACACUUUAGAAAAGUUUAUUCCUGAUCUCCUGGCUCUCUAAAAAAAACAGGUAUUCUCUAAGGAUGAAGUCAAAGACAUUCUCCACAAAAGGGAAGAAUUCGAAUACAUGUUAUAGCGUAGAACACACAAUCUAAGCAAUUACAUGUAAUUACUUGACUAUGAAUAUGGGUUGGAAAGACUCAGAAGAUAACGAAAUAAGGAACGUUAAAUAAAGAAGGUUACUACUAGGGAUUAUGCCAUUGUGAAAAGAAUAAUUUAUAUUUGGGAUAGGAUCAUGAAUAAAUAUCGCUACAAUAUCGAUUUGUGGAAACAAUAUUUGAGUUUUUGUUAUAUCAUUGAAUCCAAGAAACACUUCUUUAAAGUUAUUACAAAAGCCUUGAAUUUCAAUCCAUUCAAUACUGAUCUAUGGUUGGCAGGUGCUCUCUUCGAACUAGAAAAAGCUCACAAUCCAAUUAAAGCAAGGAAAAUAUUUUACCAGGCUUUGAGAAUUAACAAUAAAAAUGUUGAUCUAUGGGGAAGUUAUUUAGAUUUCGAAUUGAAUCAAUUGCACAUUGGACAAGAAUAGAAGGAUGAAAUCUAAAAUGCUGAUGGAUUUAUGCCAUUGAAUACAGUGGAACCAAUUACUCAAAUUAAAUCAAAAAAACUUGAUGGAAUUAAAUAGAUAAUUUAAUUAGCAUUUGAAAACUGUGAUAAAACUGAGUUAAGAAAAUUAUUCAAAAAGAUUUUACUUAGACAUAAUUAAAAUGAAUUGGCUGAAGAAGUCUAUGAAACAACAACCUAAUUAGAUAAUUCAGAAUAAAUAACUCAAUUUCUUAUUGAAAAUUAAAAUGAUCCUGAUGUUUUUGAUAAGUUAAAAGAACUCAAUGUUGAUUACUAAAAUGAGAUAUCAUAACUAUUUAAAGAAAGAGCAGAUUCAUUGGAUAGUUUUUGGUCACUUGCUUUUUCAUAGCCAGAAUUAUAACCGAUUCUAUUAGCAGAAGUGAAAAAUAAAUCUAUAAAAUUAAAAAUUUAACUUGUUUAGAAAGGAUAUUUAUAGAUUGAGUAAAUAAAUGUAUUAGACAUUUCAAAAUUAAAGAAUAAAAAAGAAUUACUUGAAAUAUUACUUUUAUUAGUACAUUUAUACAAAAAGGAGUUCUCGUUUGAUAUUGCCAAAUAAAGUCUUUUAGGAUAAACUGAAUUAUUUGAGGCAUUCUUAGAUGAAUAUUAUCCACUUCUUAAUUAAGAGGAAUAAUAAUAGCUUCUUAAUUGGUUGGAAAAGCAGAAAUAAUUUUGUCCUUUGAAAUAUCAUAAAUUAAGAAAAUUAGAUUUUGUGCAAUUAAUUAAAUUAACAGAAUAUCAUCCAAAUGUAGAUACUUGGAAAUUUGUCUUAGAAUAAACAAAGUAGUAAUUUCCUUAAAAGAUUACUUAAGUUAUGACUAGCAUAUAAUUUUUAGAUCCAUAAAUAAGGAAUCAAUUGUUAAAAUGA